CCCUCCUCGAAUUUAUCUCUUUGCAUAUCUCCUGCUCCGGUCGCAGCCAUGGCCACCAAACGAGCUUCGUCUUCGGGGUCUCGGAAGACGGACAUCAGGGAGCUCUCCCACCGCAUGCACCAGCUAAGCUAUCGCGAACAAUUGAUGAUGAUGGCCUCGAAGUUGGCUUCGGUGCCGAUGCGUGAGAUCUCCGAGUUCGGGAAGGUCUUCCCCGAUCUUGAGUUGGAUUCGAAAUCCUGUCGCGCAGGGCUGGUGCGUUUCCUCUUCGGGCGCUAUUUGCAUUACACCUUGCUGUUUCUGCUUGGAAUCGAUGUGCUGCUGGUGGUGGCGGGAUUGCAGUUGCAAAUCGAGAUUGUCUCUAUGGAAGGGACGGCCGUCACCAACUGCUUCGUUGAUGCAGUGGAACCUGAAGGGCCACAUCACCAUAUGGAGAGUGUGGAGGACGCAAAGCGCUGUGUUGAGGAACAGCACACUCAUCAAGUGGCCGAACAGUUCGCUGAGGUGGAGCACAUCUUUACAUUGGUGAGCUUGGGCAUUCUGUGUGUUUUCCUCGUUGAAAACCUCCUUUUCAUCGUGGCCUUUCGGUGGAGAUACUUCACGAUCUGGUUCUUCCCUCUGGAUCUCUUCGUGGUCCUCAUGUCCUUGGGCGCUGAAAUCGGCCAACUCGCAUGGACCAGUCAUACGGGUUCGUCUUUGACGCCUGCGACCGAGCUGGGGACUGCUGCCAGCAUGUUUUACGAAGGGGUCUCAGCCUGGGCUGGCCUGCUGAUAUUGGCGCGUUUGUGGCGUUUUGCCCGGAUCGGCCACGCCGUAUUCCUGCUGCGCGAAGCGGAGGAGUAUGAAGAGGAGUUGGCUGAGGAGGAAGGCUUCAAAGACUUGGAGACAUGUUCUGCGGAGGUGCAGCGGCCUGAGGGGCCAAGAGCAGAAGUAGAGAUUUAGUUCAAAUGAUGGGGUGACCCCCACAAUGCGUGGCAGUCUUGCAGGGCUUUUCCUCACGAC